AUGUCUGCCCAGCCUGACACCAUCAAGCUCUCUCCAGAGGCUGAAGCCCAGUACGAAAGAAUCACCAGGAAUCUCCAGGAGGUCACCAGUGCCGACGUUAUCCGAAAAGUCUUGAGCGAGGAUAGGGUGGUUAAAGCAUACUGGGGUACCGCGCCCACCGGCAGACCGCACAUUGCCUACUGUGUCCCAUUGCUCAAGAUCGCCGACUUCUUGACUGCUGGUGUCAACGUCAAGGUUCUGCUUGCCGGUAAGUCAUUGUACUUUCUCCACGCUUUCCUUGAUGCCUCAAAAUCCACGCUCGAGACUGUGCAGUACCGAGUCAAGUACUACGCCACCCUUCUCAAAACCGUAUUCACUGCUUUGGGCGUCCCCACCGACAAGCUCGAAUUCGUUACCGGCUCUAGCUACCAGCUCAAAGCCGACUACACUCUUGACGUCUACAAGUUCCAUGCUCUGACUUCAACAAGAGAGGCCGAACACGCCGGUGCCGAUGUCGUCAAGGAGUCCGAAUCUCCUCUCAUGAGCUCCUUGCUCUACCCCGGUCUCCAGGCCCUUGACGAGGAGUACCUCGGCGUCGACUUCCAGUUCGGUGGGGUUGACCAGCGCAAAAUCUUCAUGUACGCUUCCCACUUCCUCCCUCGACUCGGCUACGCCAAGCGUGCCCAUUUGAUGAACGGCAUGGUCCCCGGCUUAUCCGGUGGAAAAAUGUCCGCCUCGGACCCCAAGUCCAAGAUCGACUUCCUCGAUACUGCUGCGGACGUCAAGUCAAAGAUCAAGAACGCUCUUUGUCCUCCGGGGGAGAUCGAGAACAACGGUGUCAUUGCUUUCAUCAAGACUGUCCUCCUCCCUAUUCAGGCGCUCAAGAUUGAAAACGCUGCCAACAAGGGCGAGAAGCCUCCCGUAGGAGGGAACAGCUUUGUAUUCCCCGGAGCUCCCGAAGGCACCAUCUUUUCCAUCUCUCGACCCGAGAAAUUCGGUGGCGACAUCCACUUCAAGAGUUACGAAGAGCUUGAAAAGUCUUACAUUGCCGGUGACGUUCAUCCCGGAGACUUGAAGACUGGUGUACAGGACGCUCUCAUCAAAUUCCUCGGUCCUAUUCGAGAAGCAUUUGAUGCGGACAAGGAGUGGCAGGAGAUCGAGAGGCAGGCAUACCCCAGCUCUUCUGCGGCCCCCAAGGUUGAAGAGAAGAAGACCAAGAAGAAGGAUGUGAGGUCCAAGCCUCCUACUGAGGAGGAGCGGGCUGCCUUGAGAGCCGCCAAGGAGAAGGAGAAGGCGGCCAAGGAGGCUGCCAAGGCUGUCAACGAGGGCACUGCGCUCCCUGUUCCCCCUGUGGACAAGACCACCCCUUCUCAAUUAGUCCAGAGUUCCAAGGCUGCUGUUGCCGCUUCUGGUGUUGGCGCUUCUACCAGCUGCGUCAUCAGCACCCAUCUGCCCAAGCUGAAACUCCUCGCUAAAGGAAAAGUCAGGGACAUCUACGCUUUGCCCGGAAAGGAGGACGAAGACAAGUUACUGUUUGUUGCCACUGACCGAAUGAGUGCUUUCGACGUCAUCAUGGACAAUGGCAUCCCCUCCAAAGGCAUUACCCUAACUACCCUCUCUCUCUUCUGGUUCGAGAAACUCAAGGAUGUCAUUCCCAACCACGUCAUCCAUCCUUCGCCAUCCUCCUGCUUCUCUACUCCGGCCCAGUCUUGGGAAGAGUUCCCUAGAAGUUUGGACGAGUACAGAGACCAGCUCGAGGGCAGAAGUAUGAUUGUCAAGAAGUGCGAGGUCGUCAAGAUCGAGGCUAUUGUCAGGGGCUACAUCACCGGCUCUGCCUGGUCAGAGUACAAGAAGUCUCAGACUGUGCAUGGUAUUCAAAUGCCUGCUGGCCUUGUAGAAUCUGAACAGCUUCCCAAGCCAUUGCUCACCCCUUCCACGAAGGCUGAUCAGGGCGAGCACGAUGAAAACAUUCAUCCUGACAAGGUCAAGGAUAUCUGUGGUCCCGAGCUCGCUGUCGCUAUCGAAGAGGUUGCUAUCAAGCUCUAUUCUACCGCUGCCGCCUACGCCAAGGAGCGCGGUCUUAUCCUGGCCGACACCAAGUUUGAAUUCGGUCUACUCCCCAACCCUGCUUCCCCCAACAACCCUACUCUUAUCCUCAUCGACGAAGUCCUCACGCCCGACUCUUCAAGGUACUGGUCUGCUGCCGAGUACACUGCUGGUAAGCCCCAGGCUUCCUUCGACAAGCAGUACUUGCGUGACUGGUUAAUCAGAGAAGGUUUGAAGGGCAAGGACGGGGUGACGUUACCGAAUGAUGUUGUCGGGGAGACGAGAAAGAAGUACGAGGAGGCUAGGGACAGGGUGAUGGGCCUUGGAGAGUUUGGCAAGCAUGGUCGGGUGGGACAGGUUGCUGGAGAUGAAGUGGCGUUGCAGACUGAUCAGGCGACCGAUGCCAUCGAGGGCGAGGCUAGGAAGGCUUUUUGA